GCCGAGAGGGAGCGUGAGGCAACCCGAGUCGCCUUCCCUGAGCGGCCAUCGCCGCCCCUCCACACCCUCCACACCUCCCCGCCCCGAGGCGAAGAAGGGCCAAGGCUCCGCAGGCGCCCCCCUCCCCCGAGGCAAAGGGGAGGGGGAAGGCCGCCGUUUUUUUGUUUUUUUUUUCCCGGAGAGCUCGCCCCCUGAGGCAUGGAUGUCGGCGCCCUCCCUUCAGGCCAGAUCAGCGCUCCGGAGGCUCUGAGCGAAGGGGCUCCCCACCAGCUGUCCGCUCGCCUCGCCCGGGAGCUCACCCUCCCAGCAUGUUUCUUUCCAUGAGGCCUCUCCCUGCGCCCAGAGCUUCAGUACAAUGUGCAGAUGGAGACUGAUACAGGGUGCCUUCGCCUCUGCCCACCUGCCUUCCUCCUCUUCCUCCGCCGGCCGCGGCGGCUGGGGCUUCUUGCUGCUGCUCUGCCUGAUGUCUUCGCUGACCGCCUCCAGCUAUGAGCACGGGCGCGGCGUGCUGCCUCUCAAGGCCGCCAACGCCUCGUCCACCUCUUCUUCUUCUUCUUCCUCCUCCUCCUCCUCUUCGGCCGCCAGCGCGGGGAGACACGUGCGGAGCUACGAUCACCUCCGAGGAGACGUGCGCCAGAGGAAACUCUAUUGCUUCAACAAGUUCUUCCUCCGGAUUGAGAAGAACGGGAACGUGAGCGGCACCAAGAGGGACAACUGCCCCUACAGCAUAUUGGAAAUAACAUCUGUGGAAAUUGGAGUGGUGGCUGUUAAAUCUAUUAACAGCAAUUAUUAUCUUGCCAUGAAUAAGAAUGGCAAAGUCUAUGGAUCUAAAGAGUUUAACAACGAUUGCAAACUAAAGGAGAGGAUAGAAGAAAAUGGGUACAAUACGUAUGCCUCAUUCUCCUGGAAAAAUAAUGGAAAGCAAAUGUUUGUGGCUUUGAAUGGAAAAGGCGGGACGAGGAAAGGACAGAGAACCAGACGGAAAAACACUACUGCUCAUUUUCUUCCCAUGGUAGUUGACCCACAGAUGAAGGACUUCUUCUACUGAUAGCAGCUGAACCAAAGAUUUUGUCAGGAAUACCUUGUACUCCUCUCAAAAGGCAAAGGCAAAAACAGAGCAUCUGCUCUAUUUGACGGAUAACGGGGGAAGGUUUUCUAUUCUGUCAAAUUAUGAAGUACCUCCAAUUAGUUACGUGUCAUAUCCUAUAAUCAAGACACAAGCUGGAUCAAAUGGGAUCAGAGCUUUUUCCAGUGCAAGCAAAUAAUGAUGGUGAUGAUGAUUUUUUUAUCUUGCCAAUAGAACUGAAAGGAUAUGAGACAAUGUAUGGGGGCGAUGUUGGGGAAAGUUAUUUAUGGAAUACUAACUCAAAUCAAAAGAACUUCAUUCAAGCCUAAUGAUCCAAUGAACAGUUAAGCAUUUACUGUAAGCACAUGGGUCAUCUGCAGAAAGAAGAAAAGAUUUUGGAACGGUCUCAUAUGAAAGAGAUGAAUAGGAUUAAG